AUGGCAACUAAAACUAAGAAAAGCAAGGUUUCGACCAAAGCCACCAAGGCUACUAAGGGCAGUAAAGAGGAAGAAGUCAUUCCAGUUAACAGAGUUAACAAUGCUGUUAUUAAAUUGCAAGAAUAUUUGAAGGAAAAUGGAUCAAAUGACAAUCAGUUAAUUGAUGAUUCUGAAUUGGAGGCUCAGCUACAGUUGAUCCUAGUCAACACUGAAUCUUUUACUGGUUCUUUGAAAAACUUCAAACCAAAACUAAUUACAGUUCCUCAUUCUAUCUUCAAGCCAUGGAAGGAAGCUAGCACCACCAUGGUUAAAGAUUUCAAGACUCUUUUGAUUCUAAAAGAUUCUGAUAUCAAUUCAGUGACAUCAGAAGACUUGAUCGAUCUACUUCCAGAACAUAUUACUAUUGAUGCCAUCAUAUCUGGUAAAGAUUUGAAGACAAAAUACAAGGCUUUUGAAAAGAGGCGUGCAUUUGUACAGGAUUUUUCUUUCAUUCUAGCUGAUGACUCGAUAGUGACAGCUUUGCCCAAGCUAUUAGGUGGUAAAGCAUACAGUAAGUUGAAUACCACUCCAAUUGCCAUUAACACAAGAUCGGAUAACAAGUUUAACAAGACAACUUUGGUAAAUAGCAUCAAGAGAAUUUAUGAUACUAAAAUCCCAGUCAAACUUCCAAGAGGUAACACGAUGAAUGUUCAUCUAGGUUCAUUGGAAUGGUUCACCCCAGAACAAUUGACUGAAAAUAUCAUUUCUGUCGCUAAACAGUUCAUCGAAAAGUACAAUAUCAGAACCAUUCUUCUCAAAUCUAACGAAUCACCAGUCCUUCCAUUAUACGUUAAUUUGGAAGUAUUAGACAAAUUGGUUGGGUCCAGACAUGAUGCUAAGACUUCCGUUCAAAAUGUCAUAGAAAUUGAUGGUGUCGAAUUGCAACUAUCACAAUUUGAGAAAUCUUUGUUAGAAAUUGCAAAUCCAGACGAACUAGACUCCUUGUUUGCUACGCAAAUUAAGCAAGCCAAAAGAAACUUGGAAGAGGUCGAGGCAGAAGAAGAGCAAGAAGAACAAAAGAAAGAGCAAACGAAAGAACAAAAAUCCAGCGCUAAAAGACAAAAGACAAAGAAUAAAAACGUAAAAAAUUAG